GGCGGGGCUGCGGCUGACGGCGCUGAGGCGGCGGCCCCGGUCCCGGCCCCGGUCCCGGUUCCGGUCUCGCCAUGGCCCAACGCGGCGGCCCCGCGGGGUUACCGGACAACCCGUUCGAGGACCCGGUGCUGCCGCCGCCGGUGCCCGGUACCGAGAGCGCGGCGCUGGACGCGUACAACCCGUUCGAGAGCGGCGCGCCGCCGCCGUACCAGGCCCCGGCCGCGGCCCCGCAGCCGCCGCGCAGACCGAGCCCCGGUGAGCCCCGCAGCUACGGCUCCUAUGACACACAGGCCUCGGCGGCGGCCGCCACGGCCGAGCUGCUGAAGCGGCAGGAGGAGCUCAACCGGAAGGCGGAGGAGCUGGACCGGAGGGAGAGGGAGCUGCAGAACGCGGCCCUCGGCGGCACCGGCACGAGGCUCAACAACUGGCCCCCAUUGCCGUCCUUCUGCCCCGUGAAGCCCUGCUUCUACCAGGACAUCCCGGUGGAGAUCCCAGCCGACUUCCAGAGGACCGUUUCCACCAUGUAUUACCUGUGGAUGGCCAGCACCAUCAACCUGUUCCUGAACUUCCUGACCUCGCUGGCCUGGUUCUGUGUGGAUCCCUCGUCUGGCUCUGGCUUCGGGCUCUCCAUCCUCUGGGCUCUCCUCUACACCCCCUGCUCCUUUGUCUGCUGGUACAGGCCCAUGUACAAAGCUUUCAGGAGUGACAGUUCCUUCAACUUCUUUGUCUUCUUCUUCGUCUUCUUUGCCCAGAAUGUGAUGUACGUCCUGCAGGCCAUUGGCAUCCCCAACUGGGGGUUCAGUGGCUGGAUCUUGAGCCUGAUAGCGCUGCGGAAGAACACGGCCGUGGCAGUGAUGAUGAUCCUGGUGUCCUUGUCCUUCACAGCAGUGGCUGUGUUGGGCAUCAUCAUGCUGAAAAAGAUCCAUUCCCUGUACCGCCGGACGGGCGCCAGCUUCCAGAAGGCACAGGAGGAGUUUGCUGCCGGGGUCUUCUCCAACCAGGCUGUGCGCAACGCGGCUGCCAACGCUGCUGCGGGUGCUGCCACCAGCGCCUUCCGGGCGCCCUAAGGCCGGGCCCCGGUUCUGCAUCGCACGUGGGCUCUUCCUGAGGGAGAGGAAAUCCAGGUUGCACUUUCAUUGGAUCCCCGUGUGUCUGCAUCAGCUCUGAGGCUGCCUCAUCCCAGCUUGGAAGUGCUGGUGCCUGUUUGCUGCUCUAACCCCUUUCCUCUCGGAUGGAGGCUGCGCUGGUUUGUGCUGCUCCCUCCCCUCAAUGAACUGGGGAUGGAGCGGGGUGGGGGCCAAGCCCUGUGCUUGUCAUUGCCCUCCCUUCCAGCACUGAGCUGCUGGGGGCAGGAGGCUCCUCCGGAUGUGUGACAGGGACCAAAAUGGCUGCUCCCCUUCCUUGGGCAUUCCCAUUUCCCCAUCCGUUUGCCCUGGGUUCCUCUUGUGUCCCCCAGCUUCUCUCUGGGGCCUUUUCCUGCUGCAGGACCCGAUUCUCUGGCAGGAGCAUCGUCUGUCCCCUGCUUUCCCCAGGAGCUUGCUCUGGUGGUGAUGGGGCUGGUUCUGUCCCCAGGGUGCUGAGCUGGGAGGCAGCCCCCAUUCUGUCCCACUUCCUUGUCCCUCUGUUACAGCUCCGCCUGCUCCAGGCACAGGAAUAAGGAGUGUGUGAUGCACCCGGGCAGCAGCGGGGGGGCUGCUGGCCUUGAAGCCGUGUGCCUCACAGCAGCUGAGCCAGGCCUGUGAUGGAGCCCAGAGCUGGGCUGGGCACUAAGGAGGGACCCUGGUACCCAUAAACCCCCCUCACCUUCAUCACAUCCUUACCCCCCUGCCCCGUACUCCUCACCUGCAGCCUGACCCUGUGCACUGCCCUGUGUCCGUCCCCCCCCCGCUGCACCCAUCCCCUCGGGGCGCCCUGGCCUGGGUCCUGCUCCUGCUUUGCCCCAUCUCAGUGCCCCCCGUUUGUCCCUGUUGCUCCGGGGCUGGCGGGAGGGUUCGUGCCUUCAUCCAUGGGGCCGGUGCCUCUGCCUGGUUCCCGUGCGGGGCCGGAGGGGGGGGGGGGGGGUCCCUGCUCCCACCGCUGCCGCCCCCCCGGGGGCCGCCCCCUUCGCGGCCCCGCGUGUUCUGAGCCCGACGCUGCCCUCGGGGUUUAUUUAAGGAAUAAAUGAAGUUUCAGUCUG